AUGACGAUCAAAAGGGACCUGGAUGACUUUGUUGCCGGAAGGAUGCAAAGCCUGGCAGGAAAGCAUCUGCAGAUCCAAGCUCACUUUGAUGAACUCCCAACCUGGAUCCAACGUGACCUAGAUGACACAGUGGCCUGGAUCCAAGAAGACCUGAAGAGACUGGAUUCCCACAUUCAGCGUCACCUGGAAGUACCAGUUGACAAGGUUCAACACGACCUGUAUGAAACAUCCAUCGAGAUCCAAAGGGACCUUCAGGACUGGUUUGCUCAAUGGGACCUAGACUUUAUCCAAGACGAAACAGCUGCAGACUCCCAAUCAGAUUGGGAAGAGGAGACGUGGCAGACCCACAGUGAGCUAGGAAUGAAUCCCACCGCUCCCCACUGUGAUGAUAGCAUGGCCUUAGAGAACUUUGUGUUACACAAAGUGUUGGGCAGGGGUUAUUUUGGCAAGGUCAUGCUGGCCGAAUUCAAAGGAAGUGGAGUGUACUUUUCAAUCAAAGCCCUCAAUAAAGGCAAAGUCCUGGCUCAUGGCAUCCAGUACUUGAUGUCUGAAAAGAGUGUGCUGACGUUAGCUGCAGGAAGCCCAUUCCUUGGCCAUUUGUACUUCACAUUUCAAACUUCGGAUACGUUGUUCUUUGUGAUGGAAUAUCUGAAUGGGGGAGACCUGUUUUUCCACAAAGAACAGAUUGGAUGCUUUGACCUAAUCAGUACACAAUUUUAUGCUGCUGAGAUGAUAUGUGGGCUUCAAUUUCUCCACAGAAAUGGAGUCAUAUAUCGAGAUCUGAAACCAGAAAAUGUAAUGCUGGAUCGAGAUGGGCACAUCAAAAUUGUGGACUUUGGGCUGAGCAAACUAAAUAUGCUUGGUGAUGAGCGUGCUAAAACUUUCUGUGGGACACCACAUUAUAUUGCACCGGAGAUAAUCCUGGGACAACAAUACUUUUCCCCUGUGGACUGGUGGUCAUUUGGGGUCCUGCUCUUCGAAAUGUUGACUGACUUGCGUCCUUUUCAUGGGGCUAAUAAAAAGGAGGUCUACGUGUCUGUCUGUAUGGACAUUCCUAAAUAUCCCAACUGGAUCAACCAGGAGUCAAAGGAUAUUAUGGAAAAGCUAUUGGAGAAAGACCCCAACCACAGGCUGGGCACAUUUGGAAACAUUAGGGAACACCCAUUCUUUGAGUCCAUAGAUUGGGCAAAGCUUGAAAGAAGAGAGAUGGAGCCCCCAUUUAAGCCUGAAUUGACGAACCCCAAAGACUGCAGAUAUUUUGAUGAGGAGCUCCUGAAUGAGACACCUAAGGUGUCCUGGGGCGACAGCCGCAACAUUGGCCCCAUGGAUCAAUCUGCUUUUGCAGACUUCUCAUCCAUGAAUCCAAGGUUUUUCAGCCCAUUUUAUCUGCAGUCUGGAGAUUACGGGUGA